AUGGCAUCGUGUAGGCUUUCCAACGAACCUAACCCCACGACUCUCAGACGACCUGUCGCUGUUCAGCGUGAUCAUGAACAGAAUAAUACAGCAGUGCAUGUCAAUGGUUCAAGUACACAGAAUAAUACAGCAGUGCAUGUCAACGGUUCAAGUGAACAGAAUAAUACAGCAGUGCAUGUCAACGGUUCAAGUGAACAGAAUAAUACAGCAGUGCAUGUCAACGGUUCAAGUGAACAGAAUAAUACAGCAGUGCAUGUCAACGGUUCAACUGAACAGAAUAAUACAGCAGUGCAUGUCAACGGUUCAAGUGAACAGAAUAAUACAGCAGUGCAUGCCAGUAGCUCAACUGAACAGAAUAAUACAGUAGUGCAUGUCAACGGUUCAACUGAACAGAAUAAUACAGCAGUGCAUGCCAGUAGCUCAACUGAACAGAAUAAUACAGUAGUGCAUGUCAACGGUUCAAGUGAACAGAAUAAUACAGCAGUGCAUGCCAGUAGCUCAACUGAACAGAAUAAUACAGCAGUGCAUGUCAAUGGUUCAAGUGAACAGAAUAAUACAGCAGUGCAUGUCAAUGGUUCAAGUACACAGAAUAAUACAGCAGUGCAUAUCAAUGGUUCAAGUACACAGAAUAAUACAGCAGUGCAUGUCAACGGUUCAACUGAACAGAAUAAUACAGCAGUGCAUGUCAACGGUUCAAGUGAACAGAAUAAUACAGCAGUGCAUGUCAACGGUUCAAGUGAACAGAAUAAUACAGCAGUGCAUGUCAACGGUUCAACUGAACAGAAUAAUACAGCAGUGCAUGUCAACGGUUCAAGUACACAGAAUAAUACAGCAGUGCAUGCCAGUAGCUCAACUGAACAGAAUAAUACAGUAGUGCAUGUCAACGGUUCAACUGAACAGAAUAAUACAGCAGUGCAUGUCAAUGGUUCAAGUGAACAGAAUAAUACAGCAGUGCAUGCCAGUAGCUCAAGUGAUAGAAUAAUACAGCAGUGCAUGUCAACGGUUCAACUGAACAGAAUUCGAAAUCCUAAAAUUAGGAAUAGCUAA